AUGGAACUUGCAGCUAUACUUGUCUUUGUACUCAGCAUUGGAUCUCUUAUCAUCUACUUCAUCAACUCUACUGACCCUGUGGGAAGCUGUUCUUCAUAUGAAGAUGUAACUAUUCCUGUUGAUUUGACUUUUAAUGCUUUCUUUAGCUUCUAUUUUGGCUUGAGAUUUUUGGCAGCUGAUGACAAGAUCAAGUUCUGGAUGGAGAUGAACUCAAUUGUAGACAUCUUUACCAUCCCACCAACUUUUAUUUCUUAUUAUUUGAAGAGUAAUUGGCUGGGUUUAAGGUUCCUACGAGCACUAAGGCUUCUAGAACUCCCUCAAAUCUUGCAAAGUCUACAAGCCAUCAAGACCAGUUCCUCAGUGAAGUUUUCCAAACUGCUAUCAAUAAUUUUUAGUACAUGCUUCACGGCUGCAGGAUUCAUUCACCUGUUUUCAAAAUACAUUCCUGAAAUGGUGGAACUUUUUGCUAACAAGAGAAAAUAUAUCACUUCCUAUGAAGUGGUCAAAGGGAAAAAGUUCAUCAUGGUCUGUGGAAACAUCACGGUUGACAGUGUGAGUGCUUUUCUGAGCAAUUUUCUCCGCUUUAAAUCAACACAUUACAGCACCGAGAUCGUUUUUAUGGGAGAGAACCCUCCUUCUUUGGAGUUGGAAACCUUACUUAAGUCCUACAUGGCCUAUACAACUUUCAUUUCUGGAUCUGUGCUGAAGUGGGAGGACCUGAAAAGAGUUGCGGUGGAAUAUGCAGAAGCAUGCUUGAUUAUAGCCAACCCUUUGUGCAGUGAUUCGCAUGCUGAAGACAUUUCAAAUAUCAUGAGGGUGCUUUCGAUCAAGAACUAUUGUCCUAAUACCAGAGUCAUCAUACAGAUACUUCAAUCUCAUAACAAGGUUUACCUACCAAAGAUUCCCAGCUGGAACUGGAAAUUAGACAACAUCAUCUGCUUUGCUGAACUGAAGCUUGGAUUCAUUGCCCAAGGUUGCCAGGUGCCAGGCUUGUGCACCUUUCUAACCUCUUUGUUUGUUGAGCUCAACAAAAAGGUGAUUCCUAAACAUCUCUGGAAAAAACAGUUUAUAAAUGGCUUGAAGAACAAAAUCUUGACUCAACGUCUUUCUGAUGACUUUGAAGGAAUGACUUUUCCUGAAGUGUCAAUGAUCUGCUUUACAAAACUGAACCUCAUGCUGAUUGCCAUUGAACACAAAUCUGCCUUCACAGAGGGUUUUAUUGGUCUUAUACUAAACCCAUCUGCGCAAGUCAGGCUGCACAAAAACACAAUAGGGUUCUUUAUUGCUGAAUCUGCAAAGGAAGUCAAAAGAGCCUUAUUUUACUGUUCCACCUGUCACAGUGAUGUGAAUAAUCCGGAGAUAAUUGCAAAAUGUGGCUGCAAAACCAAGGGCCAUCGACAGAAUAUCACAGAGAUACCGGAAAUAAUAAGGAAAAGGAGCCCAAGAGAUGCACACCUUGGUGAAGUACAUGAUCAUAUUCCAUUGGAGAAUUCAAGCUUUGUCACCUACACCAGCUUCAGUGCCAGGAAUAUUCAUAAUGAAAAUGACCACCAUCAUUGGAGAUUUGAUACCAGUGGCAUGUUUCACUGGUGCAAAGCAACCCCUUUUGACAAGGUGAUUCUGAAACGAUCUGACAAGAAAACUGAAUUUCGAAAUCACGUUGUCGCGUGUGUCUUUGGAGACGCUCACUCCACUUUGAUGGGGCUUCGGAACUUCGUAAUGCCACUGAGAGCCAGCAACUACACCCUGAAUGAACUCAAGGACAUCGUGUUCAUUGGAUCGCUGGAUUACCUACAGAGAGAAUGGCGAUUUCUCCGGAAUUUUCCCCAGAUAUACAUUUUGCCUGGUUCUGCACUCUACUCCGGUGACCUCCACGCAGCCAACGUGCAGGAAUGCUCCAUGUGUGCUGUCUUGUCCCCACCCUACAAGCAUUCGCUCAGCCAGAUGCCGGUGGACACAGAGACCAUCAUGGCUACCCUGAACAUCGGCGCCCUACGGAUAAGCUGCUCUGCCCCAGCGCCCUCCAUGAUGCCAGGGUUGGAAAAUAACUUGACUGGAGAUCAGAAGAACUUAAAAGAACGAAGAAUCCCGAUUCUAACUGAACUGAGAAAUCCUUCCAACAUUCACCUUAUUGAACAGCUUGGUGGAAUACAAGGAAGCCUUCGAGGAACGAACCUGCAUCUGAGCACCUCCUUUUCCACAGGUGCUGUCUUUUCAGGGAGCUUUUUGGAUUCCCUUCUGGCCACAGCCUUCUACAACUAUCGUCUCCUGGAGUUACUUCAGAUGCUGGUGACUGGAGGGAUAAGUGCUCAGCUGGAGCAGCAUCUGGAUAAGGAGAGGCACUGUGAGAUCAGCGACAGCUUCACGGCAGCCUUUUCUCUGAGAGCGCGGUGUAAGCUGGGCCUUCUCUCCUUGAAGAGCACCAUCUUAUCCAACAUUAAACCGAGCGACCACUUUGGACAACUCUUCUGUGGCUCGUUAACUCAUUUUGGAAUCCUAUGCCUUGGCUUAUAUCGCAAGAUCAACGGAGAGGACUGCAGCUCUUCAGAACGCAGGUUUGUGAUUACUCGACCAUCCAAGGAUUUUAAACUGCUGCCCUCAGAUCUUGUGUUUUGUGCCAUCCCCUUCAACACUUCUUAUGACAAAAAGGAUGCGUCGUCUCCACAACUCUAUGAACCUGUCAAUCUAGCACGGAUGCAAAAGUCUUUGGAUUUAUAUCAUCAUUCCACAACUACCUUCAUGAACAAGGAUUCAGAAUCUAACUACUUAUCUGCACAUAAGCAAACAAUGUUAAGUAAUAAGGAUAAGCGAUCAUAUUCAGGUGAAAAUGUAAGGGAAAACCCACAGAAAAUAAUGUAGAAGGAUGUCUCUACACCUCCAAUGUCAAACUAGACCCAUCUAUAGUCUCUGCUAGCACCUACCUUGUAACUUAUAAGGCAUCGCCCUGCAUGAAGAUAUCACACAAGAAAAAUAAAAUGGAGCCAUGCCAUUUGGGUGCCAACUGCUUAAUAGUUAAGUAUCAAGCCCAUAUUUAGAGACAAAAGUCUUAUUCAUUUCCACUGGAUCCAGCAGGAUCAAUUAAUAAAUGAUAAAGGUAUCUGCACAAAGGUUCAUUGGUCAUUCCCAUUGAACAGAGAACAUGUUAGUUUGAGCUUUGUUAAAGAAGUCCUUCACCUGCUGGACUCAUAUAUUUAAGGCUUGGAAAUAUAAGGAAUCACAGUAAAACCAAGAUGGCUUAAAAGAAACAAAAGACAAUAAAUUAAGAACCUGUCCCCUUCCCAGAAAAAAUACAUUCUUUAUCUUUGA